AUGGCCUUCCAAACUAGAGUUUUGAGGGACGGCGAGUGGGUUACUGAAACCGUCAACCUGCAAGCCGCCCUGAGGGCAUCUGCCGCUCCACAACUGGCUUCUGAGCCUCUGCCGAAGUCCCCAGUCUGUGGGAUUUUAUCCCAGACUCUUGUCGAGAGCCCUGUUGUUCGAUGGGUGCUCCCGGCUCGGCUGCGCUCUAGCACUCACAAUGACAUUGCUUUCGUUGGCGAUCACUUUGUUCAAAUCAGCGAGCUUGGUAGAGAUGGUCAGGUCCAUGAUGUUAUUCGCAAGUCCGACUUUGGACACCGAAUUCGAAAUGCCGUCGUUCUUGGCGGUAGCUUAGAGCAUGGGUUGGACGACGACCCAGUCGAUAUGGUUGUCAAACAAGAGCCAUCGCCUUCUCCAUCCUCUCCGGGCGAAGAUGGAAUAUCCGACGGCCUUCGAGUUCGCGUUCUCCCUCCACAGAUGCUCGUAUUAGUACUAGAAUCUUGUCAGAUGGUAUUUCUCUUUGUGAGAGAAAAGCCUGAUGGGGGAUUAGAGUUUGCCACGAGCAUAUAUGAAAAUCCUAAGCUAUUACCCUACGUGGGCUACCACCUUGCUGUGGAUCCGUCUUCUCGAUACAUGGCAGCAGCAACUCCGGAAGGCAUGUUCAUCGUAUACGAAUUAGAGGCCUUACCAGAGCUCAAUCGACAGUACGCAAAUCGAGAAUACGUCCAUCCUAUCAAAUCUUUUCGCAUCAGGGCUGUCAGCGGAGUUGUUCAAAAAAUGGAAUUUCUGUUUCCUCGCCCAGAGGACCAUCAUCACAUUAUCCUAAUAUUAAUCAUUGUUCGAAGAGAGCGUGUCAAUUCACCUCCCGUCUCUCGUAUGGCAACGUAUGAAUGGGAGUUGGGUGACAAUCUUCAACUCAUCCUUGCUGAAGAAAGGGUCGGCAAUCGACUUCCUAAAGAGUAUAAAAUGCCUCUGCUGCUCAUCCCGCUCAGAUUCAAAACGGCUUUUUUCGCCGUCUCCGAGUUCUACAUCGGCAUUGUAAAGUAUGCGCUGUCGGGUGCGCCAGAGUUCGAAAUGUUGCCGGCGGAACCGCCCGCGCCUACGCCGCUGUAUCAUGGGAAUGGCGAUCCGCUCUGGGUCGCCUGGGCGCGGCCUUUUCGCAAUAAGAAGUAUCUUGAAAAAACAGACAUUAUUUACUUGGCACGUGAAGAUGGCGCAAUCAUACACAUUGAAAUAGAUGCGGCUGAAUUGCUUCCUUCUGUGACCAAUGUCGGAUGCUUGGAGGCCAAUAUCGAUACGGCAUUCACUUCGGCUUAUGACAUCUUUGCCGACGUUCUCAUGAUUGGCGGAGAUUCUGGCCCGGGAGGCAUUUGGAAGCUCGCUCCCCGUGAGGACAUCCAGCAGGUUAGCAUCCUCUCCAACUGGUCUCCCGUUAUUGAUAUGACAACUACGAAUGAGUUUUCGACAUGGAGUGCAAACAACACGGAUCUCCAAAUCGGUCAACUCCAGCCAACGACCGUGCAGCAGAACAGGGUGCGCAAACAAGACAGCAUAUUCAGUGCUUCUUGCCGUGGCCUAAAAGGUAGCGUGGUGCAAUGGAGAUGGGGAAUACAAGCUAGAAUUGGGCUGGACAUUGAAACCGGCGAGCCCAUUAGGCAGGCAUGGACAUUCACUACACGCCACGGCAGUGAAACAGUAUUGUAUGGCCUUUUGGCGCUCCCACAUUCAUCAACUGUUCUCCGAUUCUCAGAAAGUCUCGACCAAGUCGACAUGGUUCCAGCCGAGGAUACACCUUUUGAUCUGGUAUCAAGAACCCUUCAUGUUGUUCAAGUGUCCGAUAUUAUAGUUCAGGUCUCUGAAACUUCCAUCAAUGUGGCUACUCCUAGAGGAAGUUCACGAUGCUCGAUUGCGGAAGCCCUGGGUAUAGCUAAUGUAACAGCGGAGAGUGCUUUUUGCAUUGGCCAUAUUGUAGUAUUCUCCACGCAUACCAAUUCAGUUUCUCGGCUUCACGUUAUGAGAGCCCAGGAAAUUGAAUUCAGCUUGAUAAGCAGCUGGGAUGCCCAGGGCGAAGUGACUUGCGUGUCUAUAUUUACAGUCUCAAGCGGCACCUUCGUUGUGGCUACAUCUAUGAAUGAUGGAGUUCCAUGGCUAUCCAUCUAUUCAACGACUGGGGAGCACAUUGUUGCAAAAGCGAUUACAGCUAGUUCCACGGAACAAGGGGCUCGUACCGAGCUCGAGGCUCUGACGAGCAUCUCCGUCGCAGAUCAGGGCACUGACGAGAUUCAUCUUGUCCUAGGUACUCGCUGCGGGAGUCUCAUUACCGCUCGAGUAUCUGACCAUGCUCCGGACGAUAUAAAUUGGAGUACCGAGAUUAUCGGAGUGGCACGAGUCGACGUGUUUCCCUCCUCGAUCCCUUUCGAAGAAGAGUCGCCCACAUUUGCUUGCUGCGACAAUAGAUUACUCCUUCUCAGCGAAUUUUCCCAAAAGAAUCGCAGAUUCACCAAAAAGCAAUUUGUUUGGCUAACAGAUUCGAACGAGCCAUCAAUGCCAUCGCCCCCGAUUCACUCAAUUCACAGAAUCUCUCAGAGUCUGUCUGGGCAAAAUGGGCAUACAUCAUUGCUGGUACUCGCAGGCUCAAGAUUGCUCUUGGCUGACUUCGGCCCUCAAGUUGGGAAUGUGCCACGGUCUAUCCCCAUCCAAGGCACUCCAACAAGGAUUAUAUACUCACAGAUGCUGAGUUGCCUGGUAGUUGCCAUGAUUACUGACAAUAAGCCCACCCUAGUGUUUAUUGAUCCGGAUACCGGGGCAAUCAUCUCUGUCCCCACUGAUAAAGAUAAGAAUCGUACUGAAUACAUCUCUGGUCUGGGCCACUCCGAUGAUAAAAUACAUGGGCUUCACGAAUGGCUUUACAAAAAGGAUGGCAAAGUGUUUCCUUUUAUCAUCGUGACAACACAUCGUGGAAGACUCAUAAUUGUCUCCACAGAAAAGCUGGAUACUCACUCGCGUGAAGGAGAGAACAGACAACUGAGGUAUUGGACACGAUAUAAGAAAUGGCUUCAAGGCUCGAUAUACUCAAUAGUGGGGAAUGAGGAAGGAUUGCUGUACUGUGUUGACCAGACACUUCAUUGGGAGAUCCUCGACUUGGCAGAAAAGAAGUUGAAACCUGUCAAGCAGUUUCAACUAGAUUCCUCAGCGACCCAACUACGCAUAUUCAAAGGCAAGCUUUUUGCUCUCACAGCCUCGCAUUCGUUGGAAGUUAUAGACUAUCAGUCAGACGAAGGCACUAUGGAACUCAUACACUGCGACCAAGUCUCCAGAAAAACCAUCCAUAUGGUAGAUGUGGGCAUUCCGGCCGAAGGCUAUGGCCAAUGGCCAAUAACACUUGUAUCGGAUCAAGCUGGCUCCAUAGCAGGCCUCUGGGUGCCUCUGGGACAGCGAGAUCGGGAGUUUGAGGUUGUAUUCGAAGCCAUGCUAGCGUCAUCUGUGAGGAGAUUCAUACGGGCGCGCAGUCGGCCUUUAUGGCUUGUGAAUAAUACUCAGCGGCGUUACGGAACAUUACCGACUGCGCAUGAUGGUUCGGAUAUCAUUGGCGUUUCAUUAGACGGUUCUAUGAAGCAGUUUUCGCUGCUUGGUCUUGAGUUGUGGCGAUUCUUACUCUUGGUUCAGACAUUGGCACAUCAAAACUACGGCAUGGCUUUGUUCGACAAGUCUGCGAUAAAUGACAAAGUGGACAUUAUGAGCCUAGACUUGCAGCCAAGCCCCAGGAUCAUGCACGUCGACGGAGAUUUGCUGAAGCGCUGCAUAAAGCUACGUUCGUUGGAAAAGACUAUGGCAUCUGAUGACGCCUUCGCCUUAUUUUGCCACCAUCUCGAUGCGCUGGAAGGAGGGAGCCUCACUACAGGAUUUAAACACGAAGGUGAAUUGAAUCGGCGAAACAAAUAUUUCGAGCUCGCCUACGAGAUUCUCGAGUUUCUUGUAGCGCCAGCGCUGUAA